UCCUCCAUAUAAGGAGGCGUCAAUUGAUAUUUGUCACUUUCAUAUUCCCUGUGGACCGUUUGGAAGCCAUUGAAGUGCAUUCGAGCAAAUCUUGCUGCACCUAACGCAUGUAAAUUAGUUGUGUACAUAUUUCUGACCAGCAUUCUAAAUCGACAUUGUUUUCACGGGUAUCUUAUCUUGUCAAAUAUGUAGAGAGGGUGUGUACGGAGCCAACCAAGGAAGCCUGAAAAAAGAAUUUGUGUUUAAGAGGGGCGAAAAAAAAGAUUUCAGUGAUAUGACUUCCCUUAUCGAACGCGAACAAGCAAGUUUAAAGAGUCCCAGAAGUCCCGGUCGACCGACUAGUGGGCAGUUUAGCUUCAAGGGAUCUCUAUACGUGGCUAAUAAUGAGAAAGAUUGGAUCGAAAUUCAGAAGAACACGUUUACAAAUUGGUGCAACGUUCAAAUCCAACCUUACGGUGUACAAAUUACGAGUGAUUUAGCUGAGGCGUUUAAAGAUGGACUUUCUCUUGUAUACCUGGUUGAAUCGAUUUCUACGAAGAAAGUUGGUCGAUACAACAAGAACCCUAAGCUGUACGCACAGAAACUCGAAAAUAUCACCAGCGCACUGAAGUUACUCCAGAACGACGGGAUAAAGUUGGUAAACAUUGGGAACGAGGACAUUGCCAAUGGGAACGUGAAACUAAUUCUCGGUCUGAUAUGGAGGCUAAUCCUACACUAUCAGAUCAGUUCAAGUGGUAGCGCCUCAGGCAAGCAGUUACUGUUGUUAUGGUUAAAAAAUGCGAUCCCUGACAUGGAAAUCCGGAAUGUGACAACGGACUGGAACGAUGGCAGAGCUUUGAGCGCCCUCAACGAAUUCUGCCAACCAGGCUUAUGUCCAAACUAUAAGAGUCUAAACCCAGAUGCAAAACUGUCGAACACAAGUGACGCCAUGGACGCUGCCGAAAAAAACUUCAGCAUCCCAAAAGUUCUUUCUCCGGAAUUCUUCGUCAAUCCAUUUGUAGACGAAUUGAGUAUGAUGACGUAUCUGUCGUAUUACACACAGCCGGGAUCCAUCGGAGAAAAACGAACGCUGCAAUUCAUCAAUGAUUCGGCACCAGGCUUGAACGUGCGAAAUUUCAACACCGAUUGGAAUGAUGGGAGGAAAUUGUUGCAGUUUCUUGAAGCUCAGUGCCCUGGGAUCGUCCCGGGGUACGAAGAUAUCGAUCGGAAUAGUCCGUUAGAAAACGCUAAGCUAGGGUUGGACAUCGCGGAGGAGAAAUUCGGAAUAAGAAAAGUGUUAACCCCGGAGGAACUUGUCAGUCCCGAUGUGGACGAGCUCAGCAUUAUGGCAUAUAUGUUGCAGUUUCGUACCGCUGAUAAGCUACAAAGUCAUGCGCACAUCUUCAAGGCGGACGGCAACGGAAUUAAGCGGGGAGUUCGUGGGAAAACCUCUGAGUUUUUCAUAUACGGUCGUAAAGAUAUCGGUUUUGAUGGGGUACGUGUCAAUAUCCGAGGCCCGGGCGAUGAGGAUUCCGUGCCAGUUGAAACACAAGUUGAAGCAGACGGGUCUCUCCGAUGCAAAUUUGUUCCCCUUGAAAGCGGCAUUCACACGAUCUCUGUAAAGCACAACGGUAAAGAAGUCCCUAAAGGCCCUUUCCAAGUGAUGGUGCACGAGAACGUGGCAGAUGUUACGGUUUCUGGCGGGGGAAUCAAGAAUGCCGUCGUAUUCAAACCGGCAGAGUUCGUUGUUCAAACCAAUGACGAGAACUCGCCCCCGGUGACGGCGGUAGUGGAAGGACCCACCAAAACAGCGAACUGCAAUAUGGAACACUUGGGAAAUGGAAAGUGGCGGGGUUAUUUUGUACCGCGAGAAGUGGGGGAGCACAAGAUUCGUAUCGAAGUCGGAGACACACCCCUGCUCGGAAGUCCCUUUACAACUAAAGUAGGAGAUCCGACCAAGUGCAGUGUGGCUGGGAACGAAACUGCCCGGAAUCCGACAAUAGGACGUCCUGCCUCCUUCGACGUUGAUACUUCCGGGGCGGGCCUGGGGGAACUGGCUAUCCAAUGCCGGGGUCCCAUAGGGAAUGUCCCUGUCGACGUGAGACCCACUGCACCUGGGCGGUACAAUGUAUCGUUUAUUCCUAACAAGCCCGGGGAGUAUAACAUUCACUUCGUAUUCAACGGAGAUGAUAUACCAGGAAGUCCAGUCAAAGCGGUAGUGAGUGAUCCCAGCCGGAUUGUUGCGCACGGAGAUGGUUUACAUCAGGUGACUACUGACUCGGAGGCAGAAUUCUUUAUCACACUUCAUGGCGCCGGUGAUGGAGAACUGAAGGUGUAUGGCGAGGCUCCAUAUGGACACUUUCCUGUAGAUCUGCUACAGUCCCCUAAAGAAAAGGACACCUACAUUGUGCGGUACACUCCCCAGGGGGUGGGUCUGCACAAAAUACAUAUCAACUUUGCUGGGGAACCAGUUCAGGGAAGCCCGUACAUAGUGAAGGUGGCGGACCCCAGACAAGUCACUCUGGAUACACGUGAGUUAGAACGCGAACCUAAGCGCUUUACUGUCCGCCAUGAGGUGGACAUACCCGUGCAGGUUCCUAGCUCUGCUGGAGAGGGCCAACUAGAGGCUGCUGUUGUGGGCCCUGACCAAGAAAGUGUUCCUUCUAGCGUGACAAAGGAUGACGAUGGUUAUUAUCAUAUCCGGUUUGUACCUCGUCAAACUGGAGAACACAGAGUGAUGGUCAUGUAUGGUGGCAAGGAAGUGUCCAGUAGUCCAUACGUCAUCCGCAUCCGGGACGCCACUAGUAUGAAGGUCAAGGUCACCGAGAUGGAGCAGAUGAGGACUGGUUACUCAGCUCAAAAAGAGGUUGACGUUCCUAUCGAAGUUCCAGAAGAAGUUGAUGAGAUUUCUGCCUCCGUCCAAGACGAAGAUGGCAAACCUAUAAAGUCAACGUUGACCUUUGAACCAGACGGGUUAUACCACGUGAGGUUUGUUCCGUACAAACCCGGCCGUUAUACUGUAGAUGUGCGCUGUGGAGGACAGUCCAUAGAGAACAGCCCCUUCGUUAUGAAAAUCUCCGAAGCUGAGACAGUGUCGGUAAAACUGAAAGAGUUUGAGAAACAGGAGGGAGUAAGCUAUCACGUGGGAUAUGAGGUAGACGUACCGAUGGAGAUACCAUCUGAAGUGGAUGAAGUGUCGGCGGUGAUUUAUGACCCGGAUGGAAAUAUUGACAAGUCGACUUUCAAGAAGGAAUCCGAUGGUCUUCAUCAUUUGAAGUUUAGUCCAAAAAAGAUAGGACAGUAUAAGGUGGAUAUUCGCUGCGGUGGACGCUCGGUAGAAAACAGCCCAUUCCCCUUGAACGUGUCCCAGCCAAAGACGGCCAUUGUUCGUUUACGUCAACCAGAGGAAUCUGAAAACAAGUACUUAGUUCGCCGCGAACUUGACAUAGCACUAGACGCCGCAGAAGGUACAAGGAACUUGUCUUCAUAUGUAGACGGGCCCGAUUCGGAGAAUGUUCCAGUAUCUUUUGAUAAAGGAGACGAUGGAUUGUACCACGUUAAGUUUGUGCCUUACAAGCCAGGAACCUACAAGGUUCAUGUUAAGAGUAAUGGUACUCCAGUGGCCAGUAGUCCAUUCCUAAUUAAAGUCGGUGACCCAGGGAAGGUGCAAGUUGCGCAUGUCCGUAGUGAGGAACUCUAUGCAGAGCGAGUUAUCAAGAACGAAGUGGAUUUAGCCGUAGAAAGCUCUUAUGAUAUGAACGAUGAAGAUUUCUCUGCAAGGGUCACAGGGCCCGAUGGAGAAAAUGUCCCAUGUCACGUGAGAAAGGGGUCUGACAACCGACACCACGUCAGAUUUACUCCACAUAAAGCUGGUCCAUAUAAGGUGGACGUUCGGUACCAGGGCGAGCCCGUCCAAGGCUCCCCUUUCACUGUCAACGUCACAGAUCAGGGGCAGGGAGGCCCAAUAGUGAAUUUCAACGAAUCAGAUCGAUUUUUCGAGAACCGCGAGGCGGACAUCCCCAUUGUGAUCCCAGAGGGUUCAUCUGCAGAUUACCUCAAGUGCCGCGUUACUGAUCCCGAGAUGGAGUUACUUGAUUACGAACUGACCUACGACCGAGGCUCCAACUUGUAUCACGUACGGUUUGUACCAAAGAGACCUGGGCGCCACAGAGUAGACGUGGAAUACGAUGGUGUUCCUGUGGAUGGUUCGCCGUUUAUGAUGAAUAUUGAAGGAACCGAAGGAUAUAAAAGGGUUUUUGCUACAGGAGAUGGAAUUAAAGGAGGUGUGGUGAACGAGAAGAUAGACUUUAUGGUGGAUGCCCGCACUGCAGGCCGGGGAAAGCUGACCGGGAAGCUUACUGGAGUCAAAUAUCACACUGAUGUGGAAGUCACUGACUUGAAGGACGGGAGGUACGCAUGUCACUACUUGGUACCCCAGGCCGGGGCUUAUGUUCUGUCACUAAUGUGGAAUGGACAGCACAUACCUGACAGUCCUUAUAAAGUCACAAUCAGAGAAGCGCAGGCAAUGAACGCUAAAAGUUGUUUUGUUGAAGGGAGCAUGCUCAAGGAAGGCGCUGGAGCCACAGUAGGCCAAGCCAUGGGCUUCAGCAUUAACAGCAAAGAUGCUGGCCCGGGGCAACUGUAUGUUCGCUGUCAAGGGCCCACAAAGGACUGUGAUUGCACAGUGUUUGACAACAAGGAUUCUACUUAUCAAGUACAAAUCUUUCCUUCGGAAGUUGGGAACCACCUCGUGUAUGUGGAGUGGGGAGGAAGACCUGUGCAUGGAAGUCCAUUUUUGGUGCGCGUGGGACAGCCCCCUGAUCCCAGUAAAGUUCGUGUGUACGGUCCUGGGUUGGAGAACGGAUUGCUACGAAAUUUCAAAGGAGAAUUCCUGGUAGAAACCAAAGGCGCUGGUCCGGGAACACUUAAGAUCAGAAUCCAUGGACCACGAGGGGCCUUCAAAGUGGAGAUGUACCGGGACACAUCUAAGGAGCGUUCUAUUGGAGUGCGAUACAACCCCACUGAGGCGGGACGGUACAUUAUCAACAUCAAAUGGGCAGAUCAGCACAUACCUGGAAGUCCUUUUGACGUCACGAUAGUUGAAACAAGAGACGAACUUGAAUCACUUAAUGAAUUGAAUGACAAUGCUGUUCUAUUUCAACAAAGGGAUGCUAGACUGUAGAAGACUGGUAGCUAGUAAUUUUUAGACUUGUAUCCAGCCUUUUCUAGGUCCGUCAUUUCCAAGGCUGAAAAACUCCGCAUUUUAUUUCAUCUUAAUUCGAUCUAUAUCAACUAAUUUUCGGUCAUUUCCAAGGUCCGUCAUUUCCAAGGCUGAAAAACUCCGCAUUUUAUUUCAUCUUAAUCCGAUCUAUAUCAACUAAUUUUCGACAGCCUGUGCUAGGCUGUCGAUCUAUGGAGACAGCGUAAGUCUGGGAGGAGAAAAAUGGCGCUCUUUCACAGACUUCAUGGUUUUCUCUCGCUCGUUGUUUUCGAUUCCACUGAUCAAGAUUCUGGCACAUGCUAUUUUCUUUUUUGAAUAUCGGAUUUGUUCUACAUAUCGGUGUUAGCAGUUACUAAAAAACAUGGAGUGGGAGGGGAGGGUAAUUGAAGAGGCGAGGGAGGGGAGGGUAAUUGGAGGUGCGAUCUUUGUGUCAGUGAAGUUAUGUUGAAGAAUUUGUUCAAUGGUCUGAUUCGAGAAUCAGAACGUAGGAACUUCAUCGAAUAUCGUCUCAAUGAUUUACAGAUACGUAACCUACUCUCUUGGGUGCAUUCGUUAAAAAAUGCGUAUUUUUCAAGUUGUUCCACCGUGCAAAUGAUAUGAAUCCCUGUAUAACGUCACACUCACUAGACUUGUCAUAGGCGAGCUGAAGACAACAUUAUUUUGAUUGACAGAAUUCCGGAUUGAUAUGGUUUUCCAGGAUUUCCUAAAAAUAUUGGGCGCAUUUAUAGUUACCCAUCAUGAAUGUUUGGAAGAGCACGACAUUAUUUUUAAUUUUUCGGAAUCGGCAAGGGCAUAUCAUACACACAAGUAUUGUAUUUAGUCCAAACUUUUUUAACAAAAAUGCUUCAUCCUACCAGACUAAAACGGGCACGAAUAAAAACAGAUCCCAGAUCGGGAAAGGUGUAUUUUGAUAUUCGCCCAAGUUUAAAUGUUUUAUUUAUGGUAACUAGUUGAUAUUUAUAUGGUACUUUGGUUAGAUUUAAAUCUACUGGUUUAAAAUAGAAAUACUCAUAUGGGUUUAGUACAAUCCAAAUAAAUAUGUGUGUGUAAUUUCAAGGUUAAUCAAAAGCUAGUGUACCAAUGUGUAUUGCCCAUAACCAUAUACUGUGCAAAAUAUUAUUCUAAUCUAUUUUGUGAGUCGUUUCAACUGUUUCAUCUAUUUUAAAAAACCAGCAUUGAGUAUUUACAUAUUAUAGAACUUUUAGAAGAAUUUACUUCGAAUCUGUGGAGUUUAUUGGCUUGAACAGCAUAACUUUCACAGCAGUUAUACCUAAUAAUGAAAAUCCCUUGCAAAGAGGAAGGAAAACAACACGGCAAUAUCAAGUAAGGGACGUGGAAGGAAUCUAAGUGUUCUAGGGUAAGAUGCCUAUUCUCAAAAGUUAGUGUGUAUUUUAUUUUUAGCCAGAGCAUGGUGUGAGCUUGCAUUGAUUGGAAACAGCAUAGAAACAAAUGCUGUGACCACAGUUGUAGAGGUUGAGCCGGAGCAGAUUGGUGCGAGCUUCAUUAGCAUAAUGAUAGCCGAUAGAUCGAACAGAAACGCCAGCAAAAGGCUGUCUUUUUUUGACAAGAUACAUUUGAAGGUUUUUUAGUUAGAUUUGUUACUCAUGUGUAAAUAAAAGUCUAUUUUGGCCAG